AUGUCGCAAGAAUCACGAGCCCUAGCCGUGAAACACUCACCAUUUCCCCAGAUUAUAGAGGUUGUGGAACAGGUGCUUCUCUGUCUCGACCACACAUGCAUAACACGAGCCACCGCAGUAUGUAGCUUUUGGAAGAACUGUGUCGCGAACUCCCAACCACUGCUACGCAAGACCCUCAAGCUACCUUACCACCCAUCAAAAGACCCAAACCCAAACUUCCACGAUCUUAUCGAAGAAUCCAAAAACGCAGUCAUACCAUACGGCAAAUUCAGGGGAGACAAUCUCUGGCAGAGAGUUCGCGAGUUCGAGGACAACUGGAUUGACGACAUGCACAAAAUGACGGAUGAGGAGAGAGGGGAACAGCUCGAACUUGAAUCAACCCUGAAUACCAACUAUUGUUGGAGAAUGAAGAAUAUACGCGAUGGUUUCCAAGGCGUUCGUUUCCCUGAUGGCUGGCCCAUCGGACUGCGAGAACUGCACUGCGACUUGUGUGAGAAGUGGCACGCCGACUUCCGACACGAGAAUUUGCAUCCGCUUCUCCAAUUCUUGGAUGACAUGAAUGUGUGCUUUCGCGGAUAUGGAACGCAACUCCUCUUCUGCUUCCACCCUCUCGACUCCGAAAGGUCGGGUACGGCUCCCGAAAGCUGCUGGAAGCACGCCGGCGAAGAGGCUGUUUGCUUUGCACAGCAUCUGCAAAAAGCUCACAAAGCCGUCGAGAUUGGUAGCGUGGCCAAGGACCUCUGGCUUCGAUACCCUGCCACAAAACUUGUUCUAGGUAACAAAGUCAUCGUCGAAAACGCGAAUGGUCUUACCCUGGAUCAAGUUGUACCAUUCUUAUCUACCAUAUUUCGAUUCAUCAUCAUCGCCCUCCGCAAUCGAUGUCACACAUUUAAGGUAAAGAAACCCAAGGUCAGAGAUGAAAGUAUAGAAAACAUGAUUGCGAACUAUCCGACACGCGAGGAUUGGGACAAGCACAUGGAUUCAUUCUCGACGACCCUUACUGACGACUGGGAAACGGCACUACGCAAAGUGGAUUCAAUCAUGGUUGAUGUCGCGAUUUGGGAGCCGGUUAUGGAAAAGGAGAUUGAACUGGAGGAUUGGGACUACUGGAAUAUGUAG